AUGAUCAGCAGAGCGGCCGCCCUCUCUAGGGCAUCCACCCUCGCCGCCUCGUCCUCAAACGUACUCAGGGCAGGCCGAUCCUCGACCGCUUCCUCCGCCCGUACCUACGUCACCGAGAUCGUCAAGCCGCGCCGCUCGCUACCCGUCCGCCUCUUCCUAUACACGACCGUCGGUGGCGCCGUCUUCUACAGCGUUUCGACCGUCGCCGCCCUCAACAAUGACCGGUACCAGGACUUCUUCGUCGAGAGCGUGCCCCUCGGCGAAAAGAUCAUCGACUACCUCGAUACCCACGACGUCGGCCAGGAGAUCAAGAACGUCAACCUCGGAGGUUACGGCGAAAAGGCCAUCGGCCUGACCAAGAACGCCUACUCGAGCGUCAGCGAGGCCGUCGGCCGGGUGGCCAGCGGCAACGAGGCGCCCAUGGCCGGUGAGAGGGACGCCCGCGCCCAGCUCGCCGAGGCCAGGGAGCGCGCCAGGGCCGAGGCCAGCAAGGCGGCCAGCAAGGUCCAGGACGCCGGCGACGCGGCCAAGAAGGAGGCCGAGUCGGCCGUCCGCACCGUCCAGGACAAUGCCGCGCACCUCGUCGAGAAGGCCAAGGCCGCCGCAGACAAGGCCGAGGCCAAGCUGCGAGGCGAGGUCAGCGCCAAGGGCGCCGGCAGCAGCGCGACCACCGCCGGCGACGACCGCGGGGUCCUCAAGAAGGCGUUCGACAGCGUCCAGAUCAUGACCGACAUCGGCGCCAACAACAAGGCCUCGCCCUCCAAGAGCCGUGCGCCCACCACGCCCGGCGGCGAGGUCAAGGCGCCCUACACGGGCGAGCUGCCCGUCAACCACGAGCCGCCGGUGGGCUACGUCGCGCCUCGCAAGGACCGCGGCCUGCAGGCGCCCACCGAGUCGCAGGCCCGCCUGCGUCCCGACCCGGAGGCGCCCAAGCUGCCGCUGCUCGCCCCCUCGAUCAAGAGCCUGUCGGGCUCCGAGCCGAUGAUUGCGCAGCUGGCCGACACCAUCGACGAGCUCACCGUCUUCCUCAAGGAGACACCCUCGUCGGGCGCCAAGGCCAAGGGCGUGCUCGAGAGCGCGCAGAUUGACCUCGAGCAGCUGAGCAAGCGGCUCGAGACGAUCAAGCGCGAGGAGGCCAAGCGGGUCGAGACGAGCCUGGCGUCGCAGGCGAAGCGGUACGAGACGCAGAUCUCGCAGCAGGCCGAGGAGGCGGCCAACAAGCUGUCGAGCCGCGAGGCCGACUGGCAGAAGAAUUUCGAGGCGGAGCGCACCAAGCAGAUGGAGGAGUUCAAGGAGAAGCUCAACGCCGAGCUGGCGACGCAGUCCAAGAUCAUCAACGAGAGGCUCAAGGAGGAGGUGAUCGCGCAGGGUAUCGAGCUGCAGCGCCGGUGGAUGAGGGAGAUCCGCGCCAAGGUCGAGGAGGAGCGGGGCGGACGGCUGGCCAAGCUCGACGAGCUGGCCACCGACCUCAAGGACCUGGAAAAGGUGACGCUCGACAACAGCAACCAGCUCGACGAGAACGUCAACGUGCACACGCUCUGGACGGCGGUGCGCGCGGUGCGGUCGGCCAUCGACGACGAGACGACCAAGCAGCCGUUUGCCGACCAGCUGCGCGUGCUCAAGAACACGACAAAGGCGCGCGACGACGCCGUCAUCUCGGCCGCGCUCGAGGUGCUCGACGCGAGCGGCGCGGCGGAUACCGGUGUCGAGUCGUUUGUGACGCUGCGACAGUGGUUCACCGACAAGGUGGGCCCCAAGAUCCGCGGCGUCUCGCUCGUCCCCGCGCCAGAGACGGCGGGCCUGCUGUCGCACAUUGCCAGCGCGACGCUCAGCCCGCUCCUCUUCCACAAAAAGGGCCUGGUCGAGGGCGACGACGUGCCCAGCGUGCUGGCGCGCGUCGAGUACCACCUCGACCGCAAGGACCUCGACAGCGCCGCGCGCCAGCUCAACCAGCUCAAGGGCUGGCCAAAGACGCUCGCCGCCGACUGGCUCAGCGCCGCGCGAAAGAGGCUCGAGGUCCAGCAGGCCCUCGACGUUGUCAACACUGAGGCCAGCCUGGCCUCGUUGAUGGUCGUUGGCAAGUGA